AUGUUUGUCGUCCGUCGUCGUCGUCGUGUGAGAGAUGAGGACCAGCGAGAUCGACACGGCAAAGAUAAAAAAGAACGACUGCAGCGGCAACCAACGCCUGUGUCUAUACAACAGCAGGACGAAGACGACGAUGAAGGCGACGAGGCAAGCAGCUGUCGAGUCGCGAGAAGACGAGGACGAGGAAGAUGGAAGAUGCCCGAGGUCGACAGUCGGGCAAACCUGGGUCGGCUUUUUCGGCUGGCAAAGACACAAGCUAAGCAAGUAGUGGAUGAUAGAAGAAGAAGUGGAUGA